CCGAUCGGACCCGUGUCCCUCCUGCGGAGGGUGGGCCCAGGGCGCGGCGCGGGGCGGAGCGGAGCCGCUGGCAUAGGGGCGCGGGCCGCGGCCGCCGCUCUGUGCGCUGGGGAAGAAAUGAAGUAGCAGGUCCUCGGGCGCACCGCGGUGGCACGGACAAAGGUACCAAGUGCUGGGACGUGUGGUGAACAAAACAGAAGAAACCUUGACCCUCAUAGAACUUACAAUCCAGCAGAGCAGGCGUUUGGUGAAGACGACUCGCCAGAUCACUGCUCCCUGGAAGUGAUUGGUAUAUCCUGGUGCAAACCUUCAAGGAGAAAGCAGGCGGGACAACAUGAGCCAGCCACUGAAGAAAAGGGCAAAGAAAAGUGGCCGUAAAGGCACGGGUAAAAAAGCCCCCAGAAGGGCUAAACCAAGGCAAGCCAAGGCCAGCCAAGCCCAGCAGGCAGAAAUGAAACCUCUCGGCACAGCAUGGGCCUUGCAGGACGACAACGUGUGUUCCGAGACUAGCCCUCCGGCUCUUGAAGAGGAUGCCUUCCCCGACUGUUACAUAGAAUGCAUAAUAAGAGGUGAGUUUUCUGAACCCCUCCUGGAAGAGGACUCGCUUUUUAAGUCCUUGGAAUACCUAAAGGAAGGACCGGACGAAGAGCCGCCUCAACAGCUGCUUGAAGAAAGCUCCUUUCUGCAGUGUUCCUUAGAGUGCACGAAACAGGGGGCUCCCCAAGAGCCUCCCCAGGAGAUGCAUGAAGAGAAUCCCCUGGAGUAUUCUGAGUACAUGACAGGCAAGAAGCUUCCGCGGGACGGGCUACCGGGCGUUGACUUAACAGAUCCUAAACAGCUCACAGAAUUCGUUAGAAAGAAGCCCAAAAAUAAUAGGGAUUAUCUGCAGACCAUCCCUUGUCCUCAGAAGGGCUGCCCGCGGAAGCUGAGGAACACAACCGCCCUGAAAAAGCACCUCCUCGUCCACGCGCCCCGAGACCACGUGUGCGCGGAGUGCGGGAAGGCCUUCGCCGAGAGCUCCAAGCUAAAGCGACAUUUCCUGGUUCACACCGGAGAGAAGCCCUAUCAGUGCACUUUUGAAGGGUGCGGAAAGCGCUUUUCCCUGGACUUCAAUUUGCGUACACACGUGCGCAUCCACACUGGGGAGAUGCGUUUUGUGUGUCCCUACGAAGGCUGCAUCAGGAGGUUUAUUCAGUCAAAUAACCUGAAAGCUCACAUCUUAACUCAUGCCAAGGCACAAAAGUACCUGUGAAGAAGAAGAUGGAAAAGAGUCCUCCAACAGGAUGAGCACAGAAGAGUGAUCAGCAACAAAUAUACCUCAUUGAUUAUUGUGUGUAAAUCAUUAUUGCACCCCUAAAAGGCAUAUUUUUUAGUGUUAGUAAGGUGCUCCUAUACUUUGGGAUACCAUUUUUAUAACAUGCUGUAUUCUAUAGUGUGCUUCCAACAGGAAGGUCAGCGAUAAAGUUUAUUUCAAAAGCAUGAUCUUUAAUAUGUAUUGGAUUAUUGGAUAUGAGACUUAUUUUCAUAUACUAUAAAUAUGAAAAUAACUUUGAUUUUUAGUUUUGUAGUUUCCAGUUGCUUAGUUUUGGCCUUUUAAAUAUGUACUUCAUGGCACAUGUGAUAAUCCUAGAAAUU